CGCCCGCACCCGCUCUCACUAGUCGAACGGUGCCCGACCGGUAACGUAGCGCCGACUGCCGACCGAGAGACGAACAGCGACAAUGUCCGCCGUGGCGAAGACUUCCAAGUACACCUACCGCAGCAGCGGCGGCGGCACCACCGACGUCAACAUCGAGUACAGCGCCGACCUGAGUGCUCUCUCCAGACUGGAGGACAAGAUCCGUCUCCUCCAUGAUGAUCUGGAAUCCGAAAGGGAGCUGCGUCAGAGGAUCGAGAGGGAAAAGGCAGAUUUGAGCGUGCAAGUUAUUCAACUCUCUGAAAGGCUAGAGGAAGCUGAAGGUGGAGCUGAAAGUCAGUUCGAGAUCAACAGAAAACGCGACACCGAACUUACCAAGCUCCGCAAACUACUGGAAGAUGUCCACCUGGAGUCUGAAGAGACCGCCCACCUGCUCAAGAAGAAGCACCAGGAGAUUGUCAACGAUUUCCAGGAACAAAUCGACCAGCUUACCAAAGGCAAAGCCAGGACCGAGAAAGAGAAGUCCAAGUUCCAAGCUGAAGUGUACGAGCUCUUGGCCCAAGUGGAAAACGUGACUAAGGAAAAGAUCACAAUCUCAAAGUCAUGCGAGAAAUUGGAGAUUAGCAUAACCGAGCUGCAUAUCAAGAUCGAAGAAUUGAACCGAACAAUUGUUGAUAUCACUUCUCACAAGCAGCGUCUGUCCCAGGAGAAUGUAGAGCUUAUUAAGGAAGUUCAAGACCUUAAGGUGAACAUUGAGAACGUAGUGUACCUUAAGAGCCAGUUGGCCAGCCAGCUUGAGGACUCCCGUCGCAGACUCGAGGAUGAGGACAGGAGGCGUUCUCUGCUUGAGGCCACCCUUCAUCAGGUCGAGAUUGAUCUGGAGUCCAUUCGUGUGCAAUUGGAAGAGGAGUCCGAAGCUCGUUUGGACCUGGAACGUCAGCUUGUCAAGGCCAAUGGUGAAAUCCAGCACUGGAGGGUUAAGUUUGAGGCUGAAGCCUCCGCCAGAGCCGAGGAAAUUGAGGAGAUCCGCCGCAAAUACUCGGUCCGCAUUCAAGAACAGGAAGAACAAAUUGAGACUCUCAUUGCUAAGAUCAGCAACAUUGAAAAGCAGAAGUCUCGUUUGCAGAGCGAGGUGGAGGUCCUCAUUAUCGACCUUGAGAAGGCCAACGGAACAGCUCGGGAGCUUCAAAAGAGGACGGAGCAGCUGGAACGCGUCAACAUUGAGAUCAAAUCGCGGUUGGAGGAGACGGUGCAGUUGUACGAAGUAUCGCAGCGUGACUUGCGCAACAAGCAGACGGAACUGCAACGCGUGUCGCACGAGCUCGACAAAACCCGUGAGCAGAAGGACGCCCUUGGCCGCGAGAACAAGAAACUGGGUGAUGAAUUGCACGACGCCCGUGCCAACCUCACGGAGUUGAACCGCCGUCUUCACGAGCUCGAGAUCGAGCUGCGCCGUCUUGAGAACGAGCGAGAAGAACUCACCGCCGCCUACAAGGAAGCUGAGGCCGGCCGCAAAGCUGAGGAGCAGCGUGCGCAGAGGCUGACUGCCGAGUUGGGUCAGUUCCGCCAUGAGGCUGAGCGCCGUCUCCAGGAGAAGGAUGAAGAGAUCGAAGCUAUCCGCAAGCAGACAAGCAUCGAGAUCGAACAACUAAAUGCUCGCGUUGUUGAAGCCGAGACUAAGCUGAAGACUGAAGUCACACGCAUCAAGAAGAAGCUCCAGAUUCAAAUCACCGAACUCGAGCUUUCUCUUGAUGUCGCCAAUAAGACCAACAUUGAUUUACAGAAGACCAUCAAGAAGCAGUCACUGCAGCUCACUGAAAUCCAAACCCACUACGAUGAGGUUCAAAGGCAGCUCCAGGUGACCCUCGACCAAUACGGCGUCGCCCAGCGCAGGAUACAAUCCCUUACCGGCGAAGUCGAAGAGAUCCGUGGCAAUUACGAGCAGGCCCUUCGUGCUAAACGCACAGUCGAGCAGUCAUAUGAGGAAGCCCAGACCCGCAUCAAUGAACUGACUGUCAUCAACGUCAACCUAUCUAGUAGCAAGGCCAAGAUCGAGCAGGAACUUGCCGUUGUCGCCGCUGACUACGACGAAAUCACUAAGGAGCUGCGUGUGGCUGACGAGAGAUACCAGCGAGUCCAGACUGAGUUAAAACACACUGUCGAGCAUCUGCAUGAGGAGCAGGAAAGAAUCGUGAAGAUCGAAGCUGUCAAGAAAUCCCUUGAGAUUGAAGUCAAGAACAUCUCCGUCCGUCUCGAAGAGGUUGAGGCCAAUGCCAUUGUCGGUGGCAAACGCAUCAUCAGCAAGCUGGAAGCCCGCAUCAAGGAUAUUGAACUGGAACUUGACGAGGAAAAGAGGAGACACGCCGAAACCAUCAAGAUCCUCCGCAAGAAGGAACGCUCGCUCAAGGAGGUCCUGAUCCAAUGUGAAGAAGACCAGAAAAACAUCGUUUUGCUGCAAGACUCUCUGGAGAAGACCAGCCAGAAGGUCAACAUCUACAAGAGGCAGUUGGCUGAACAGGAGGGUGUCUCCCAACAGAGUGUGACGAGGGUGCGACGAUUCCAACGCGAGCUCGAGGCUGCCGAGGACCGCGCCGAUGUCGCUGAAAGCAACCUGUCGCUCAUCCGCGCCAAGCACCGCACUUUCGUAACCACCUCAACAGUGCCCGGCUCCCAAGUCUACCUGGUCCAGGAGUCUCGCGCUCUCAGCACGGAAUGAACACCCUUCCCUUCGCCCCCAACACCAGCAUUUCUCUCCACCAGUCUAUAUCGGGGCGUAAUUCCGGUCGGGUAUAAUAAGCCUAGUCGUUCGUUAAGUGAUGUAUGAUCUAAAUGGUAGAUGGCGCUAGUAAACUUGUUUGUGUAACGGUGCCAUCUGUUGUGGAGUUUGCAAGUCGGGACGGGCGCUCGGCGUUAGGCUCGCCCUAAGUUGCCGUGUCUCCACACUAUGGCCGAUCGCCGACCGUCCGUCCCAUCACCUUUUUAUAAAUGUAACGCUAAAACAACCAAAUAAAGGAACCAAAAACUAUAAGCUUUUUUUUCAAUAUUUUUCUAUUAUAAGGUCACCGGCGCUAAAAUACAAUGUCGUUAUGCACCGUAUUUUAGGUGCAGUAGUUUAAAUAAAAGAUUAUUUUAUAUUAUUAUUUAUUAAUAGUGCAAUACAUAUUGUACGUUUGUAACUGUAAUUUGUAUUAAUUUAAAAAUAAAUGCUAUUUAUGUUAAAGAAAC